AUGACAACCGACAAGAAUGAUACGUUAGAUGACUUUUUUGAUAUUGCUAUCGUUCAAAAUUUGACAAAGUUGAAUUUGAAUAGUUUCGGUCACAUGGCUUGCUGUCAUGAUAAAGAUGAGAGAGUGCAGUUUGGUAAAGUUUUGGAAAAAAUUCUCAAUUCACAAAGUCAGGAGAUGUUGAAAGAGAUAAGGAUUAAUGGGGAAGAUGCAAUUUUCAUGAAAAAUUGGGUAAAAGACGUAUACCAGCUAAUCCCAUCAGUGACCAAACUACAUCUCCCCUAUUGUCCCCUGAGUUUGUCCCCAAACUUCACAAAUCUCUGCCAGUUCAAAAAUGUCACAGAACUUGAUAUAAGUUGUUCUGAGCUCAAGAACUUAACUGGAAUAUCCAACAUUAAAAAUCUGGAGCUUCUCAACUUAAGUAACCUGGAAUUCCGGGAAAAAGAGGAUGUUUUGGACUUGUUCAAUUUGGAAAAACUACGAGUUUUAAAUAUAAGCUCUUUUCGAAACGAGGAUCGUUUACAAAACUUGAAGUUGUAUUUGCAAUGUAAAAAAUCGCUUCCACAGUUAAGAUUUCUUGACUGCUCGAAUAAUGAUAUCAACUUGAAAGAUCUAUAUGUUCUGGUAGAGACACAUCCAAUGCUAGAGGUGGUUUGUCUGCUUGAAACCCCACUGGAGAAGAAUCCACAGAUUGAGUUCCCUGGGCGCACUGUCGAACUGUUAACAAUUGAAAACGCCCAUCGUUGCCUUAUAUCCUUGAACUACUGUAUGCAAACUAUCAAAUACCUAGGCGAUGUCAAAAGGAUUUUCAACGAAUGUGCAGAAUUUCUGGAAAAUUUGAAUGCAAGCGACCAGGAUUACAAGGAUUGUGUGAAGCUCAUGCUCUUUUUUAUCAAAAAAUAUAAGGAUAACGAAACAUAUCAAGAAUAUUCCCUCGAUUGUUUGCUGUGUGCUUGCCAAAAAGCUCAUCUUCUUGAUGUCAACGAGAAACAUCACCUUAUCAGAACCAUUUUGGAUUCUUUAUCUGACUAUGCAUGCUAUGAAAACGAUGCAGAUGAUGAGCCAAUUUCCGUUGUUCAUUAUAUUGCGUUUAACAUUUUAUGCAGAAAGGAAAUCUGUGAAGCUUCGCCACAAGCAAUCGACGCUGUCUGUAAAGGAAUUGCUGAUGUAUUCAGAUUUGCGAGUUGUGUGAGACCCUGGACGACGCCGUGGUGUUGUUUAAUGCUAUUGAAACAGCUGACAAGAAAAAUAACAUCCCUAAAUGCAUUAGAUGUCGCGGGGCUGAAAAUUCAUCUUCUCCAGAUUUUUAUGAAAUAUGACAUUGAAGAAACCGGAGAAGAAACGUUUUUCGUAUUGGUUCAUGUCAUGAAUGAUUUGACUUACGUCAACCGAGAAAGCCGCGCAGAAGAUUUAAUUCUCAGGUGUGACAAAACCAUUAUCCAAGGAAUUAUAACCACGAUUGCAAACCUCGAUAACGACUCGCAAAAGAGAGACGUUUUGAAUAUGCUAGAGGAAUAUGUGAAGUUUGUUGAUGUAUCAGUUUUUGAGAGCUUCUUUCAUAGAUUUGAGGAAUUUCUGAUGCCAUCAGUUCUUGCAAAGAACACUGAGGAACAGAAAGCUGUGGUAUCCGUUCUGGGUGCAAUGAUGUGUUGUGAAGACCUGCAAGCCAAUCCGUUGACCGAACAAACACUCAAUGCGAUUCUGCAAUCCCUUAAUUCAUUUGACAUAUCUGAAGAUACGGACGCCUUCAGAUAUAUUGUGCGGACGUCAGAUAACAGAGAAGCUGUAAAAUGGGCAAAAUGGAUUUUGAAAAGCUGUGGUGUGGUGGUAGAAGAAGAGGAAGAUGUGGUAAAGGUGGUUCCAGAAGAAAUCGUUCCAGAAGAAGCGAGGGAAGAGGAGCCAGAAGCCAAGAAGAGAAAACUUUGA